AUGAAGCUUACUUUCAAGGAUCUGAAGCAGGAGAAGUUUGUGAUCGAAGUCGAACCUUCUGAGACUGUUCGCCAAGUGAAGGAAAAGAUCGCUGAAGUAAAGAGUGGUUACGAUGCCGAGCGAACGAAGGUAAUCUACUCAGGAAAGAUUCUGCAGGAUGACAAGACAGUGGAAUCUUACAACAUCCAAGAAAAGGAUUUCUUAGUUUGCUUGCCCUCAAAGCAGCCCAAGGCUGCCUCGUCUUCGUCAUCUGCCCAGGUUCCCUCCACACCGGCUGCUCGAGCUCCUGCAUCGACCCCUGCUGCUCCUCCUGCUCCCGCCCCAGCUGCUGCAUCGGCUGCUCCUGUCCCUGCGACCCCAUCCCCUGCCGACCGUGCCACUCAGCCCAGUGGGCAACCCGCCAACUUUGGUGAUCCUUCCGCGUUGGCUAUGGGAACCGCGGCUGAGGGAGCUGUUGCUCAGAUUGAAGCUAUGGGAUUCGCGAGAAGCGACAUCGAUCGCGCCAUGCGUGCUGCUUUCUUCAACCCAGACCGCGCCAUCGAAUACCUUUUGACUGGUAUCCCCGAUAACGUCCAAGCCGAGCAACAACAGGCGCAGCAACAACAGCGCGAGGAGGCUGCCGCCGCUGCUGGUGAGGCAUCUCCCACUGCUGCUGCCCCAACCGGUACCACUGGUGGUUCUGAGGCCGAGGAGCCCUUGAACUUGUUCGAGGCAGCUGCUCAGGCUGGUGAGGGUGUUGGCCGUAGUGCUGCUCGCAGUGGUGCUGCUCCUGGUGCCGGUGCCGGUGCCGGUGGCGAACCCCUUGCCAACCUUGACUUCCUUCGAAGCAACCCCCACUUCCAGCAACUUCGCCAACUUGUCCAGCAGCAGCCCCACAUGCUUGAGCCCAUCUUGCAACAAGUGGCCGCCGGAAACCCACAAAUUGCUCAGAUCAUUGGACAAAACUCCGAUCAGUUCCUGCAGCUGUUGAGCGAGGACUUUGAAGAUGACGAGGCUGCUCUGCCUCCAGGAACACAGGCCAUCUCCGUCACAGAGGAGGAGCGGGACGCUAUUGAGCGCCUCUGCCGUUUAGGUUUCCCCCGUGACUCAGUUAUCCAGGCUUACUUCGCCUGUGAUAAGAAUGAGGAGCUUGCCGCCAAUUUCCUCUUCGACCAGCCCGAUGAAGAUGAGGAGUAA